AUGGACGAUGGUUGCCCACUGUGGAUGUGGCGCGGCUCUGUGGAAGUUGACGCCCCCCAGACGGAGCUGCUCCAACGGCUGCUGAGGGAGCAGGAGCUGUGGGAAAGAAAUCUGCACAAGGCCGCUGUCAUCCAGACCUUGUCCAAGGACACUGAAGUCUACCACUAUCUCCUCCAGGGCCUGGGCUGCUGGCCCCCACAGGAGCAUCUGCUGCUCAGGACCUGGCAGGCAGACCCAUCCUCCGGCCCUCUGUACCUGUCCUCUGUAUCCACUGAGCAUCCUAAAGUGCUGUCGGAGGGGAUUAGGGCCCACGUCCACUCCUGUCUCUUCCUGCUGGAGCCCACAGGAGCCAGGAAGACCCGACUGACACACCUCUGUCGAACAGAUACCAGGGGCCGGUCUCAGGAGUGGCACAGCAAAGUGAGCGGACAUCUUCUGGCCUCCAGUCUCCUGGCGAUCAGGGACUCCUUUAAAGAAAUACACAAGGAGACCAAAGUAUGAGUCAAUGCAGGAAUGGGAGCUGAGGAU